GUAGUUAUAAAAUCGGGUUCAGAUAAAGCGUGUUUUACUUUAUGUUAGGACUUGGAAUAAUUCAUAUUUACAAAAGAAAGGCUGAUUAAAGGAUAUUUAAAUAUAUAUUGUUUAAAACAUUUUAAAAACUGAUAAAAAAUCAUUGAGAUGGCACGUCAACAAUGGGGCAGAAGAAUAGAGUUUUUCCUUACUUCUGUCGGGUACUCCGUUGGCGUUGGUGAUUUGUGGAGAUUUCCCUACCUUGUGAUGAAAAAUGGGGGAGGUGCUUUUCUGAUACCAAUUAUCAUAUUCAACAUAUUUGGGGCAAUGCCGAUUGUGUAUCUUGAAAUGAUUAUGGGACAAUACUCCCAAUCUGGGGCAGUCCCUGUAUGGAACGUGUGUCCGCUGCUGAAAGGAGUUGGCUAUGGCACACUGGUCUCGACCUUCCUGUUUUCUGUCUAUUACGCUGUGAUAAUCGGUUGGAUGUUUUUCUACUUUAUAAAUUCCUUUUCCAAACAACUGCCUUGGACCACAUGCGAGAACGAGUGGAAUAUACAGGAAACGGAAGUCUGCAUUACUCGAGGGGAGACAAACGCUGCCAAUGAAACAAUAACCGGAAUUGAAACAAUACCGGUAAUUAGAAAUAUAACGACCUUUAUCUCGACAUCAGCAUCAACGGGAAUGUCUUUUGCUUCAAAUGUUUCACAAUUAAGAAAAUCAACAUCAGCCGAACAAUUUUGGAAAUAUAAAGCUUUGGAUAUAUCCAACGGUUUAGAUGAAUUAGGCUCCAUCAACUUGCCGCUUCUGGGAUGUCUUGCUGUCAUAGAAGUUUUGUGCUUCUUGUGUAUAUUUAAGGGAGUGCGGUUGACUGGAAAGGUUGUAUACUUCACUGUCCUCGGACCUUUUGUCUUACUUGCUGUAUUUCUUGUAAGAGGGUCCAUCCUGCCGGGAGCAGACAUUGGAAUUAAAUAUUAUAUAACUCCAGACCUCAGUAAACUGAAAGAAACUAAAAUAUGGGCUGAAGCCUGCAUGCAAGUUUUUAUUUCGGUCGGACCUGGCUUUGGUGGAAUGAUCACUUUCGCCAGUUACAACAAGUUUACCAACAACUGUAUGAGGGAUGCUAUUAUAGUUUGUUUAAUGGAUUUGUUGACUGGUUUUGCCGGAGGUUUUGUGAUUUUCUCGGUGCUUGGACACGUUGCUCAUGAAACAGGGAUCAACAUUGAAAAUUUUAAUCAAUCAGGAUAUGGUUUAGGUUUUAUCGCUUAUCCUGAGGCGGCUAAUUAUUUACCUCCUCCUCAACUCUGGUGUGCCUUAUUCUUCUUUAUGUCUAUCUGCUUAGGUAUAGAUUCACAGUUUCCAAACUACGAAAUUGUUGUAACAGCGAUCCAAGACGAGUUUAACAAACAUUUCAAGGGAAAAACAACUUUACUUACCCUGAUUGUUAUUGUGUUAGCGUUCCUGCUCGCUAUUCCACAAGUCACGCGGGGUGGUUUUUAUCUACUUACAUUGGUAGACUGGUAUGCAGCAACAUUUUCAAUGACAAUAUUUGCUCUGAUGGAGUUAUUGGUGAUGACGUUCAUCUACGGUGUCAAAAGAGUUGAUGCAAAUAUGCGGGAGAUGACAGGAAAGGGGGUACCUAUCCUCUUCAAAAUUGCUUGGUGUGUUACAACUCCUAUUCUUCUAGUGGUUACUCUCGGUUUCACCGUAUAUACGUACAAACCUCCAUCCUAUGGCAGUUACGAGUACGAGCCCUGGCAUAUCAGUUUAGGUUGGUGUAUAUCGUCCUCCUCCCUCGUGCCUAUACCAUUAUACCUCUUCUACCGGCUAUAUAAAACACCUGGAACUAUACUAGAGAGAUUUAAGGUCAAUCUACGACCGAAUGAAAAAUGGGGUCCACAUGAGUCAAUAGAACAAGAAGUUAUACAAAGUGGAAAACUAUUAGAAGAUGAUGUUCAGGCAAGGUCGUAAACGAAACAGAUUUUCCCAAGUAUGUUACUGAUGUCAGAUUUCCAGACUGCAUGCACGAUUGCUGUGACACCAGUGAAACCAACAACCGUUGGUCUUGAUAUAUACAAUGUUUUAAGUGUUUACAAUAUUAUCAUUAUCAUAUAUAACUUUUGAUUUUAGUAUAUGAGUAAUAUUUACUCUUGAUUUUUCGGAACUACCAAGACUGUUAAAACUAUUUAUAAAGUAUAUUUUUCUUUUAAUUACGAUACAGGUACAUGUGCAUUUUAAGGAAUUAAAUGCGAUCGGCAA